UGCCAUACGUACAUAGUAAGCAAAGGCCUGCUUCGUCUAAGCCGUACCGAGACCCUUGAUAUGACGCGUCUGCUCCGCUCGACCGAGAGAUAGAAGGGGGGAUUUACGAUGCACGUACAUACAUUGACUAAGCUAAGGAAAGGGGAGGAAGAAAAAGAAAAAGAAAAUUCUAUGUACGUUCUUCCCGGAUACGACGGUAUUCCCAUGGAACAUUGCGGAAGCUGGCGUCCCCCGGAUUACGCCUUGAUAUACGUACAUAGGCUAAGAGGAGGUAGUAUCGUAGAUAGACCGUCAUUUGUGCUUGGUACCUACAUUAGGGCACGGUACGUGUUUCUUGGCUGGUGUAGGGGGAGGGGGCCGCGGGUCGUUCGUCCCGAGGCCCUGGUGGCCGGCACGUCGGGGCUUGGCUUGGCUUGGCUUGGUUUAGUGUCUUGGUGCUUGGGUAGAUAUGGUUGGUUGGGUAUGGUUGGGUAUAUAUGGAGUUGGAUAGGUAGAUAUAUACUAUGCUAUACUAUACUAUACUAUAUAUGUAGAUAGCUUAGGUACCUAAGGUAAGGUAGGAAGGAAGGAGACUUGUAGAUAGAUAGAUAGAUGGAUAAUCAAUCACACGUGGUUCGGGCCGUUGGUCCCCGGUUCCGAGCUCGGAGAACACGUGGUGUCGCGGGCGGCGGUGCGGCGGCUUGCGGUGAGCGAAAAAGCUAUGGCUAUUGUUAUACUAUAACUAGGGUGAGUGGGUAGGUUAGGUAGGAAGGAUGGAUGGAAGGAAGGAAGGAAGGAAGUUAGUACGGAGUGUACGGAAGUCCCCAUCAAAAGUUUUGUCCAUAGGCCAGCC